GAAAUAUGCAGAUUUUGAAACUGAGCAAAUAAUUGUGCCAUGAGAAUACUCUGAAAUCCAGUGGUGAAACAUCUGUAUAUUCAAAUGAAGCACCACGAGGAUUCUGAAGUCUGGCUUCAACUUGAAUCUCCACAAAAAUUUUCCUACAUGGCCCGUCCUAAGAAGAUGCCUUUGGGUGAAUAAUUCUAGGUCUGCUAAACCAUGAGCAACCUUGCACAUGAUUUCCUUGUGUACUCCUCUGGGGACAUGAAAGUCAUAAAGCACUUUCUAUAUAACUCUUAAGCUUAAAACUUGAGCUGCCAUUUGAAGAGAACUAAACCAGAUCAUUUCAUUUCUUUCACGGGAUCAUCUGGACAGCAACCACUUUGAGAUGGGGACUUCAAGACCUGGGGAUUGUGAAGUCUUUGUUGAGUUCCGUGGAGUUCUAAUGGAUAAACGGUUCACCAAAUAUUGGGAUGAUGUUGAAACAUUCUUGGCAAGGCCAGAUGAUAUUGUCAUUGCUACUUAUCCUAAAUCUGGUACCACGUGGGUCAGUGAAAUUGUAUAUAUGAUCUAUAAAGAAGGCAAUGUGGAAAAAUGCAAGGAGGAUGCAAUUUUUAAUAGAGUGCCUUACCUGGAAUGCAGAAAUGAAGAGUUAAUAAGUGGAGUAAGACAACUAAAAGAGAAAGAAUCUCCCAGAAUAGUAAAAACUCACCUGCCACCCAAGCUUCUUCCAGCAUCAUUUUGGGAAAAGAACUGCAAGAUGAUCUAUAUUUGCCGGAAUGCCAAGGAUGUGGUGGUUUCUUAUUAUUACUUUUUCCUAAUGAUAGUGAGCUAUCCAAAUCCUGAAUCCUUUUCAGAAUUUGUGGAGAAAUUUAUGCAAGGACAAGUUUUGUAUGGUUCAUGGUAUGAUCACGUAAAAUCUUGGUGGAAAAAAAGUAAGAAUUCACGUAUAUUAGUUGUGUUUUAUGAAGACAUGAUAGAGGAUAUCAGAAGAGAAGUGAUAAAAUUGAUAGAAUUCCUAGGGAAAAAGCCCUCAGAGGAGCUUGUACAUAAAAUCGUUCAACACACUUCAUUCCAGGAGAUGAGGAACAAUCCAUCUACCAAUUAUACAACAAUGCCAGAGAACAUGAUGACUCACAAAGUAUCGCCUUUCAUGAGAAAAGGAAUUGUAGGAGACUGGAAGAACCACUUCACAGUAGCACUGAGGGAGAAAUUUGAUGAGCACUAUGAGCAACAAAUGAAGGAAUGCACCCUCAAGUUUAGAGAAGAGCUCUGAGAUGCUUCCUUUUCUUGUAUCUGAAAUUGGAACAUUCUUCAAUUUAUCCUCCAGUUUCUGUUGGUUUGCCUUUCAGUAGAAGUAGAAGUCUUUUGAAGGCUGAGAUUUAAUUUCUUUCUCUCUUUUUUUUUAACUUCCAUAUCAAUUUAAUUUCUGACAGCAAAUUAUUUUGACAGCAAAACCACAUUUUUCUUAUAUAUAACAUAAGCAUUGUCCUCUUCUAGUGUUCAAAGAUCUUUAAUAAAAAUAAUUUGAUGUCUCCAUAUUUAGACUUUCAUAUUACAAUAUAAAUGUUUUCUUGGUGAUACAAAGAUCAACAAAUAUAAAGAUGCUUUGAGAUUGGCAAGUAGGUAACCUUUUGAUUGUGUUUGGAAGCCAAAUAUAUACAAAACUAUAUGAAGAAAUUAAAGCAAUUUCAAGAAUUAUGAGGUCACUUGAAGAUAACACCUAAAGACUCACAAAUAAAAAAAAUUAGUUAAACUGAAAUAAAUGUGUUUUCUUAUGUUUUGAGCCUUAAGUCCAAGCUGAUGGAGUACAGAAUUAUAGAUUGCCAUCACUGUUGUGUAGAAUCAUGCAAGACUUAUAUCAGCUGGAAGUUGGUGACUGAAGCCCUAACUAAUUAUUCUUUGUCAAUAAAAUAUCAGGAGUUAGAUAUCGAGGUAAGAACCUGAAAGAUCAGAGAAGCAGGGGAGCAGCCACCAGUUGCCUCAUACCUCUUCUGUUCCUUCCUCCAUAAGGGCCCAGAUCCUCUCUCAGCCCUACCAUAACACUUCCUGUCUUCUCUCUGUCUACAGUCUUCUAAACCUCUGUGGUUAAUUUUGAUCAACUAGUGGCUAGCUCUGCCCUCUGACUCUAAGCAAGCUUUAUUUGUCAGAACACAAUCAAAAUAUCACACAUCAUUUCCCCCUUUUUGUCUAAAUAAAAAGUGAAGGUUUUAACUAACAUAGUAAAACCAUAUACAAUAAGUACAAUAACUAUAUACAAAUACAUACAGGCAAGAAUUACGUUAACAAUGUCCAGUCCAUUUACAUUUGACAAAAGCAGAAAAAAUACUCCAUUAUCUAGCCUAUCUUGGUGAAUUCAAAGUACCUAAUUUACUGUCUAUCCUAACUUGUACUACCAACCCAAAACUAUCUUUUGUAUGUCCCUCAACCUUAUACACUUUACAUCUCUUUUGUGAGUUUCUUUUCUGAAUUUGGUAACAAUGAAAUCUAUAUCUAUAACUAUCUAGUCUUCAACUACAUCAGAGACCUGAGAAAAGCUUUCUCAGGUUUUAUUUGAAUUGAGUUGCCAAAUGUUGGUUACCAUAUGUAACCAGAGGCUUUUCUACCCUGCCCUGUCCUGUAGCCACUAUUAAAACCAUCACUCAGAGGCUUAUAUUAAUCAUAAAUAUUUGGCUGAUGGCUCAGGCUUAUUACUAGCUAGCUCUUAUACUUAAAUUAACCCAUUUCUAUUAAUCUAUGUAGUAAUAUAUAUAUUAAUCACCAAUGGCCCAUGGCUUACUAGUUUUUUCACAUCUUGCUUCUUGAGUGGCUUGCAGCAUGUGCUCUGACUCCCCAUUUCUCCAUCUCCAUCUUCAGUUUGAGUGUACUACCUAACCUUAUUCUGACUUGCUAUUGGACAAACAGCUUUGUUUAUCAAUCUAUGAUAGCAACACAUAUUCACAGCAUACAGAAAGACAUACCACAGCAGUAUAUUGUCAGCAGUUGAGGCAAGGGCACUUUCUUGGACAGUGGCUAAGUUUUGCCACAAAGAAAGAAAACUCUAUAUGGAGUUUCUUCAGUGACCAUCAUCUCUCUGAAGUAGAUUGGUACCACCAGGAGCAGACAUGCCUCAAUGUCAUAAAAAAAAUCUUAUGUUAUUAAAACAUCUUAAAUACCAUAUUUUGUAGAUCUCUGAAGUGAUUGAAGAUCACCUGUCUAUCUAAAAUAUAUCUUUUUUGACCUUGAAAAUGUACCUAACAUGACUACAACUUUGAUUGCAAUAGAUAACUAUUAGCCUGCAUUUCUUUAUUAUUCUAAAUAGUUUGUAAAAAUAACUUUCAAGGACUAGAAAUUACAUUACAUUCUUAAAUGAGUUGUAUAGGUACAAUACCUUGAAAAACAGCCGAAACAUAUGUCCAGUAGAUUCUAACAAAAAUAUCAUUAAAUUUGUAUUAAUAUACAAAAAUACCUUAAACAAGAGUAGAAACAUAUGAACAGUAUAACAAAAAUAACUUGAAAUUUGUAUCAUAUACAAAAAUCCAUACCAAUGUAAAAUAUUUAAGACUAGCAAUUACUUUUUUGGUUUAAAAGUAGAUUCAGUAAUCUACCCUUUUAUCCUAUCAGUUCUUUAUGUCCCCUUUUUCUUUUCAGAAUAAGGUCCUUGAAUCUAAUCUCCUUUGCUCAGCUUUUUUUCCUGACCAUUGCCAAUAACAACUUGUAACCAACACCCCUAAACAGUGACAAAAAUCCUAACCCACUGAAUGACCAAAAACCUACCACCAUACCUCUUGGGAAUGUGGGCAUUGUGUUGUUAAAAUUACUUCCUGUUGUCUAGGGGCAAUGGCAGCUUUAGGGGAUCCUGAGAAAAUGUGACAAUUGUCAAGUCCUGGGAGAGCUAGCUGUAUCAUUUGUUGUCCGGUGUCUGUGUAAUGGGAAAGUGCAGGGCUUAUCUCAUGUCCUGGCUAGAGUAGUCUGUAAGGCUGGACCAUCUCAGCUAGCCACCUUGAAAUUGUCCUGAGGAGUUUCUAGUCCAAAGCUGAUCUUUCUGUGAUGUUGCCUGCUUAUCCAGGUGGAACUACUAUUGUGGGGCCCCAUCCUCCUUUUGGAGACUUCCAAGGUCACUGUUAGGCAUGGUCAUGGUUCAUUGCAGAAAACUUAAACAUUUAAAAUGUCUUAUGCAGCAUAUCUCAAAGAUGUUAAAGGACCAUAAUUUAUGAUGUACAUUAAGAGUACAAAAACUUAAUUCCUAGUUAUGUGGUAGAGACUCAAACUCAAAAUCCUAUACAGGAAGACAGAUGAAGUCUCUUUCUAGAAUUAGUUAGUACUCAA